CAAAAAUUUUCACUCAGUUUGUUUACGUAAAGGAAAAUUUAAUACUUUUCAUAAUCGUUCAUAUUUUCUACGAAAAAACGGUGUUAAAAUACUACAAAAACUAACCAAGUCAUGUCAUUCACACUCAAUCAACUUUCCGGGAACACUAUAACCACAAUGCAUCCCAUAAUGGGCGGCAUCGCGAACGGGGGAAGUUUCAUUGCACAGCCGAUAACGGCGGCCACCUCCAGCACUGCUGCUUUGCUGAACAGUGCCGCAACGCUGGAAUAUGUCCGCAAACAGAACCAGCACUCGUCGCAAUCGGGAGCAGCUCCCAUGGAUCUGGAGUCGGCCUCGGAAAGGGAUUCCGGUAAGGAACAUUCGAUGGAGAAGAAAGACCAAUCUCACCAGAAGACGGGCCAGAUGGGUGUCGAAACGGGCGGGCAGAUUAUGUUCAAUCAACUGAUUCCGCAGCCGCAGGGCUUCAUGAUGAUGACACCCGGCAUGGUUAACAUGAUGGACGGAACCUCGCUGAUUGGCAUGCAAACAUUUCCGGUAAUGGCAGCUCAACCCAUUAGCUCUGGAGUAGAUUUAACACAACAAGCUCUCGGUAUGGUCCGUUCAGAAGACGGGGGCAAAGAAAUCAUCUAUUGCAAAUCCUGUACUUUGUUUCCACCCAAUCCGAGUGGUCCACAACCAAAAACCAUCGAUCGUCCACCGGGCUGUAGGACAGUUUUUGUUGGUGGUCUACCGAAUUCGAUCACCGAAGAAAUAAUAAGGGAAAUUUUCGAGCGCUGUGGGGAAAUCACCACCUUGCGCUUCUCGAAGAAGAACUUUUGCCAUAUCCGGUACGUUUACGAGGCCUCGGUAGAUUCAGCCAUUUAUCUAUCCGGCUACCGGGUCAAACUAAGUAGCGGAGGAUUCAACUACACAGCUCCCGAACCGAAAGAUCCAGCCUCAUUCGGAACGCUGCACGUAGACUACGCCCAUGCUCGGGAUGAUCAGUACGAUUACGAAUGCCGGCAGCGUAAACUGCAGCGAGAAAAACGCCACCGGGAGCGAAUCGAAGAAGACCGAAUGAGACCUCUUUCGCCACAACCAGUAAUCCACUACACGGACCACGAGGCCACUUCCGUUGCUGAAAAACUUAAAACCGACGAAACAUUCUCGAAGGCCGUACAAACGCUAAUCACCUGGCUCGAGCGGGGUGAUUGUAUCAAGAAAAAUGCCAACAAUUUCUACACCAUGAUCCAGAGCACCAACUCGCACGUUCGCCGGCUACUCAACGAAAAGGGAAUCAACGACGAGGAACUUAGCCGGGCCAAGGAGUUUUACCGCAAGCAGAUGCACAGCAUGAUGGCGCAAUUCAAUCAGAUUGAAAAAGUGUUCACUGCGGCCAGUCACAAGAAGGUUUGGGAUCAUUUUUCUAAAGCCCAAAGAAAAAACAUCGAUGCCUGGAAGAAACAAUCGCUGGAAAUUAGAAGUGUCCAGCUGGAAGACGGCGAAGAUGAGAUGGAUUUAUCUGAUGAGGAUGGAACAUUCCCGAAGAAAUCUCGCUGGGAUGUCCGGAAGGAACGGUUCGAUAGUUCUUCGGAAGCGGACAUUCAGUCGGUCCGAUCGGAUCUCGAAGUCAAAACGAUGCAAAUUCAAGUGCUCCAGGAGACGAUUCGGAACCUGCAGACUCAGCUGCUGGAAAACAACGCAAAAGAAACGGAACGCCAGGCCAAAAUUCAUGAUCUCGAAGAUAAACUGAAGGAAGCGAACGUGAAGCAGCUGUUGAUGAAAACGAAGAUCGCCAAUCAUCAAUCGAAACAGUCCGUUUGUACGACCAAUACCUCGUCCAGUAAAUCCGGCUCCGAAGUAGACGAAACCGAACUAGUCGAAGCGGAACAGAAAGCCAAUGCUAUCGAGGUAUUACCAACAGUGAGUGCAACUCCUGCAACCGAACCAGUGAACAAUCCUCCAGCAACCUGCAUCGAUCCGAAGGAAGCGAAGAUCAUCACCCUCGUUUCGACGUUUUUGGUGGUUCAUCCUCACGGAGCCAGCAUAGAUUAUAUUUGGUCCUACGUGAGCCGCUACGUCCCCGAACAGAAGCCCAAGCAGAUCGAAGAAGUACUGCAGCGCUACUCAGAUCUGUUCCGGGAAGAAGUCAGUGGAAUCGGUGCCAAGAUUGAGCGCAACUGGAAAUUUUGUGGCUAUGAAGCCAAGGAAGAUGACGAGAAAUAAUCAUUAGAGGACAUUUUUAUAACCACUUCUCUCGAGUAUUUAUUAAACUUUCUUAUCUCAGUAGCAUCGUUGUUUUCUAUGAAAUA